ACUCCAAGUUAUACGCUACAGUUUUUUCUUAAAACCAGUGAUGCCGAAAAGUAAGGCCAUUGAAGUGCGUCCAAGAAAACGUAAACUGAGUCAAAAGACAGAAGAAUCUACUAAUCCAGUUGCAGAGCAUCCUAAGCGUGAAGUAAAUCAUUUGCCUCAUUUGUCAGAAAGUUCACGUCAUUCCAAGUUCAAAGGCCGUGGGAAUAGCGAACGACCGUCCUUGAUAGAUUUUCAUAUCGGUAAUAAAAUCCCGAAGCGUUUAGUUCUGCCCGCUGUAUAUAUGGGAAUUUUGCUUAUGCUGGUGGUAAUUGCUUUCCAUCAAAUGACUAUUUGGUAUCAAGGAAAACUUGUUGUUACUCCAAUAAAUUUGCCGAAAGUUAUUUCUGAUGCUUCAUUAUCUGAACGAUCUCACAGUUUGUUCUGGGGAAGUUAUCGUCCAGGUAUUUAUUUUGGCAUGAAACAUAGAAGUCCGAAAUCUCUUCUUUUUGGAGUCAUGUGGACAACUCAAUACUCGAAUUUCAAAUUCCGCUACGCUUGUGACCAGUACGAUGGGAUUCUGAGCUACAACUGGUUAGAACACGAUGGUCGUACUUUUGGGACACAGCAGAUAGUAGACAUUCAUCAUAUCAUCACAAUAUCAUUUGUUAAACCAUCUAAUGAUUUUAUGGCCAGUGAUUGGACGGUGAGAAUUUCGGCAGUCAGUAGAAAUUAUACUUCAGUUAGGUAUCCCUUAUCAGUGGUCGUCUACUUUUAUUAUCCUGGAGAUGAAACUGACUUUUUCAUUCAUCCAAUUAUUUCUGACCAGAAACUAACAGGACUACAAGGUAGUUCAAUGGAGCUAAGUGAUUUUCAUGUCAUGUUUCAUCCUUCUCCGGAUAGGUUACAACUCAGUUCCCUCAAAGCCCAUAUACCUAGAGAAGAUGCAAUCAAGGAAGCAAUGUUCACUGGUUUAGGAGUCCGAAGAGACAAUAAUCUUUUAGCAUUAACAGGUGUUCCUCAAAAUUUUAAUAAGGAGCAGCCACCAAAUGCAUGGUUCUAUGAAGUCAGUGCAAAUGUACCCGAGUUUUCUGACGUCACCGAACCUAACAAACCUAUUUUGGAAGUUGAAUUUCUUCGACCGCAAAAUUCGUUUAGAGGAUUUUAUGGAAGUAGUUUCUCUGAAGAGUUAUCCAGAAAAUCUCGGAAUUUCCAUGAACGUUUCGCUGAAAAGUUCAAUGUGGAUCUGACGAAGUUUUCUGAUAGACAGGUCAACUUGUCGAAGAUUGCAGUCAGCAAUUUACUAGGUGGUAUUGGCUACUUUUAUGGUUCUUCUUUGAUUCGUUCUUCUAAUAUUGGACCAGAACCAGUGCAUAAUUGGGCGACCGGGUUAUUUUCUGCCACCCCAUCUCGAUCGAACUUCCCACGAGGAUUUUUGUGGGAUGAAGGUUUCCACGGUCUGAUCUUAGCUCGAUGGGAUCCAGUUCUUGCUAUGGAAACGGUCGGUUCGUGGCUCGAUCUUAUGAACGCCCAUGGUUGGAUUCCUCGUGAACAGAUUUUGGGUUGGGAAUCUAGGUCACGCGUCCCGUCUGAAUUCAUUGUUCAAUCAGAUGUUGUCGCCAAUCCCCCAUCACUGAUUUUAACGGUUGAGGCUUUAUUAGAUCGUCUCCCCCGAUUAUCCAUUUCUGAGGCUAAUGAGUUUCGUCGUUGGUCUAUGUUAAUUCUGCCUAGAUUACAUGUAUGGUAUCAAUGGUUCAAUAAAACUCAGAUUGGUACUGUCCCUCUAUCAUACCGCUGGCGUGGUCGAAAUCCUAAUGAAGUGCAUCAGUUGAACCCUUUAACAUUGAGCUCAGGUAAGGGCUUUGAAACAUUAAAAAGUCUCAUGCUCUAUACUAUUUUGUCGGUUACAUUUAUUAUCCUUGCAAUAAAAAAAACACUCGCCCACAUUACCAAUAUAGAGAAUAACAAGUGUAAAAGUAAUCUUUCUGAAGAAGCUAAUAUCAUAUUCAUACAUGUUCUUGAAGGUAAAAUACUAACUUUUUUUUAUUUCAGUUUACCUUCACUUAGGUCGUAAGUAACUAUUUCUCUUACAAGGGUGAUGUACAAGAAGUAAGUGGUAAAUAACGAGACCGUCAUUGAAAAGCUGUUUUAAUUAUCUAUAUUUACUUUUCCUCCUUCUGAUUAUCUUUUAUAGGCUGUUCUUUUAUAAACUUUUCAAAAUUAUUUAUCUGACUAUUCUUUACGAUGUGACCCAUUAAACUAGGUGGUUGACUCCCAACCAAUGAGGUCACUAGCUCACAUCCUUCUCCGUUUGCCAAGACUAGGCAAUCAUCACAAUAGUUUUGGCUCUUCUCCUGGUACAAAAAUCUGCACUUCAACUUUGGGUUGGUUUAUUUUGACUAUUUUACCACGGUGUACCAAUGAAUGAGGGUGCUUUGGUUGAAAGAAUGUUUCAUGUCUGCCGAUCGUUUCUGUCCUGAGGAGUCAGUAAGCUAAUGUUUUGUACUACAAAGCUAACCACUCUCUUUGUCAGUACAGCUACAUGAUUGAAAUGCAUAUUGUAAAGCUAGUAGACUGAUGUGUGUUUACAGUGUUUUAUUGCAAAAGAUGUCAAGAUGAUGUAUGCGAGGGAGAUGAACUGCAUCAACUUGUUGUAAUAAAUAAAACAAUAUUGUUCUCAUUGUCGUGCACAAUAACAUAAUAUAAGCAGUGUUUGUGGUGUUGGUGUAACUGGAUAUCAGAUUUACGGAAACUUACAUCCUACAUGGAGGUGCAGGUCAACAAAGCAAAUACAAGAAAGUAGUAAUGGUAUCAGCAGUUGUAAAUUACUGCAAAAUAAAGAAAACGUACAACAGUAAGCGUUUGCGGUUCAAAUCGGUAUUUUUUUGUGGCAGUUUUAUUUUCCCCCAAUUAGUUUUGCGAACAACCUCGCCUGGUUAACUAGUUUACUAGUUACUAGCCGGUCCUAAGCCCGGGUAAAGAGGGAAGGUUGGGCAUAGGGCUAGCAACCCUACCCCGUAAAACAAAUCUAACCGCUAAAGAAACUUCAAAGCACAAACAAAAUAUAAAAAAUGAAAACAAACUUAUUCCCCGCUGGAAUCGCAGAGGCGAAAUGACGCCAAAUGGUGAAAGCCUUCGGGAAGCCAAUUGGCCGAUGUGUCUUCUCUCGAUGAAAGCGAAAGUAAACGUGGGGACAUGGAAUGUCCGCACGAUGUUUGAACCCAGUAAGGCAGCACAGAUUGAAAACGAGAUGAGAAGGUAUAACAUCGAAGUGCUUGGGAUUUGCGAAAGCAGAUGGAAUGGGAGUGGACUCUCCAAACUGUCAACUGGAGAAUCAAUAAUCUACUCCGGUCACCCAGACGCCAACCACGAGCACACUGAGGGAGUGGCUAUCAUGAUGUCCUCAAGAGCAUCGAAGGCUCUCAUGCAGUGGGAACCAAUCUCCUCCUGCAGGAUCAUGACAGCAAGAUUCAACUCAAAAGGAAGAAAGGUCACAAUCAUACAAUGUUAUGCACCUACAAAUAAUGCAGAGCAAGAGAAAAAGGAGGAUUUCUACAGACAACUUCAAUCAACACUGGGCAAGACAUCAGUUGGCGAUAUCAAAAUUCUGAUGGGCGACAUGAAUGCGGAACUGGGAGGGGACAACACGGGAAGAGAACUAACCAUGGGUCGAGAGGCGCUAGGUGAGGUGAUGAACGAGAAUGGAGAAUUGUUUGCAGAAUUCUGUGCAUUCAACGAUUUGGUGAUUGCAGUGAGGCAGCGUGUUCAGGCACAAAGAUAUCCACAAAGCGACAUGGACUUCACCAGAUGGACACACUAAAAAUCAAAUCGACUUUAUCUCAAUCUCAAGAAAAUGGAGACGCAGUCUACUUAACACAAGGUCAAGAAGAGGAGCAGAUGUAGGUUCAGACCACUAUCUAGUGCAAGGAACCUUCCAAAUCAAGUUAAAAGCCUUCAAGGAAGCUGGUGAUAGACCUCAAUUCAAGUACAACACUCGGAAACUGAAGGAUGAAACUACAAAGGAGAUCUUCAAGGCAGCCAUCAAGACAAAAUGGGAGACAUCGAGGGACAUCCCUGAAGAAACCUGUGUGGAAGAACACUGGAAGUCUUUGAAAGCUAUGUGGAAAGAAACCUGCACAACAGUAUUAGGAAGGAAGAAGAAAGAAGACAAGGAAUGGAUCUCGACGGAUACCUGGAAGCUGAUAGAGGAGAGGAGGAUGGUGAAGCAGAAGAUAAACCAGUGCAAGGAUGCUCAACGACAAGAGGGACUGAGCACAAUGUAUAAAACACUGGACAAAGAAGUGAAGAAGAGUGCACGCAAAGACAAAAGACACUUCUACGAAACACUGGCAAGUGAAGCAGAACAGGCUGCAGGUAAGAGAGACCUGACGACAUUGUAUCAAAUAACCAGGUUGCUAUCAGGGAAGAGACCAACACAGAUGAAACCAAUAAAAGAUGAAGAAGGAAAUUUAAUUACAAAAGAAGAGAAACAGAGGAAACGAUGGGUUGACCACUUCAAGAAGCUCUUGAAUCGACCACCACCUGCACUUCGUCCAGAAAUACCACCUGCAGCCGCUGAAUUACAAGUGAACAUUAAUCCCCCAACGAAAAUGGAAGUCCUGAACGCCAUAAUGCUACUGAAAUGCGGGAAAGCAGCAGGACCAGAUGGAAUACCGCCAGAAGCACUGAGAACAGAUGCAGAGACAACAGCGGACAUGCUCACACCACUAUUGCAGAAGGUGUGGAAGGAAGAGAAGGUACCGGACGAUUGGAAGAAGGGUAACCUUGUCAAACUGCCGAAGAAGGGAGACCUCAGUGCUUGCAAGAACUGGCACGGAAUCACUCUCCUGUCCACCCCAAGUAAAAUAUUAGGCCGCAUCAUCCUGGAGAGGCUUAAAGACGCACUGGAUUCAAAACUACGACCGGAACAGGCAGGCUUCAGGAAGUACAAAUCAUGUGCAGACCAAAUUGCAACGCUUCGUAUCAUCAUAGAACAGAGCGUAGAAUGGCAAUCAGCUCUCUACCUCAACUUCAUCGACUUUGAGAAGGCCUUUGACAGCGUCGACCGAGAAGUAAUUUGGAAACUGCUUCAAUACUACGGAGUACCGCAAACCUUUAUCCGCCCCAUUCAACAACUAUAUGAAGAUGCCACAUGCCAAGUAAUUCACAAUGGGAAGCUCAGUGAUGCCUUUGAAGUGAAGACAGGAGUGAAACAAGGUUGCCUACUAUCCCCCAUGAUAUUCCUUAUUGUGGUGGACUGGAUCAUGCAGCAAACAGUAGGCAGCGAGAAGAGGGGGAUACACUGGACGACGGAAAAGAACCUAGAAGACUUGGAUUUCGCCAACAAUGACUUGUGUCUGAUGUCACACAAACUUGAAGAUCUGCAGGCAAAAACUAACAAGUUGAUAGAAGAGGCAGCUAAGACGGGACUUCAGGUGAAUAUAGAGAAGACAGAAGUGAUGAAGAUACCGCACCAACAACUCCAACAACCACAACAAACUCCAAUCACCGUCAACGGGAGAAACUUGAAGGAAGUAACCUCCUUCACUUAUCUAGGAAGCACUGUUUCAACUACAGGCGGGACGGACGAGGACGUCAAAGUCAGAAUCGG